GAAGAAGUAAUGCCGAGCAUAGGCAACGAAGAAAUCUCCAGCAGCAAUAAUGAAAUCUGCGGGCUAUCAGCUGGUGGUAAUUCAUCAGCUGCCGGUCCAUGUAGAACCGUUCAUAAUGUGGCAUGCUGUAAUGCUUGUGAGGUCGCUUCUGAUGCUGAAACUGACUGCGUUGAGGUUAACCAGCUUGGCAUUGGGUCAGGUUCUUUAACAGUUGCUGACUUGGGUAAAGCCAACUUUGGAGGAGAGGUAGUUGAAUCAGAUUCUGAUGCCGGAGGAGCUUGUCCUGUCACUUAUGAGCGAGUUGAGUCACUGCAAUACGAAAUGUUCUCCUCCCCAGGCUCAGGAGGUACAGAUCAGGGCUACAGAAAAAGGUUAAGGUUGUCCAAAGGUGUGGAACCACCCGACUGCAGGAUACCUAGGUCUGUUGGAGCCAUUGAAAAGGCUCUUAAGAAUUCAAGAAACCGAGCCACAGCUCACAUUUUUGAGCCGGUGUUAGGUAUGGUGUUUGAUUCAAGGGCCGAGGCAUACAAGUUCUUUAACCUCUAUUCAUGGGAGGUUGGAUUUGGCAUCCGGUUUGGGUCGAGCGCAAGGAAUCGUGUGAACAAGUACCGCACGAUGCAAGAAAUUGUGUGUGAGAAAGAGAUCAGUGCGCCGGAAGAACUUGGACCAGUGUAUAGGAGGAAUGGCCCUUUCAGACGGGACUUCCAUUUCGUCAUCAUCCAAAUGUUGACAGAGGAUGAAUUCGAGAGGGCGUGGGAUGAUCUGGUCGAACGUUACAACCUACGUGGAAACUCUUUCAUGGAAGGUUGUUAUUGCAAGAAGAAGAUGUGGGCCAAACCCUGGUGCAAGGAUAUUAUCUGCACCCGGAUGGCCAGCACUCAGAGCUCCGAGAGUGCCAAUAGUAUUCUGAAAAAGGUCAUCCCACGCAACUGUUCAAUGAAUCGUUUUGUACAGCAGUACCGGAAAUUGCUUUUUAUUCGCGCUAGCGCUGAAGAGAAAGCCGAGCACCAAACAAAACAGUUUCAGCAUCGGGGGAAGAGAGUAUAUGCCAUAGAGAAGCAUGCUCUUUCAGUGUACACCAAGAAAGUUUGUCAGCUAUUCAGUUCAGAGGUGGACAAGUCAGCUGACUACAAUGUUGCACAAGGAGACUCUCAUGACGAGAUGAAGGUUGUCCAUUAUAACGAGGAGGUUAGGAAGCACUGGGCUAGGAGCGUGUUCAAUGUCAAGAUCAAUGAAGCUGAUGGCAAACUCAUAUGUGAGUGCGGGAUGUUUGAACACUUCGGCAUUCUCUGUUGCCACGCAAUCAAGGUCUGA